GAUUGGGUCCGUGGUGUGAUGUUCGUUCGACUUAACUCUCUCAUUCGUGCCCAAUCUGGGACGCGUUGGGUCGUCAUCGAGGGUUUAUACAAAUUACUACUCCACGACAUUGCACCUUGUGUUCCGCUCCGUCAAAGCAUAAGUGCAUCGGGAGAUAUAGGUCCCCUUGCGUACAUAUCCGGCAUCUUGACUGGUCAUCCUGACAAUUAUGCAUGGUAUGGUCAAGGCGCGGAACGCAGGGUGUAUGAUUCCCCCACUAUUCUGCAGAAGAUUGGGUUGCAACCGAUAGAGUUCAUUGCUAAAGAAGGCCUUUCAUUAAUAAACGGCACGGGUGCUUCCAGUGCUGUUGCAUGCUUGGGGAUGCAUGACUGCCACAUCAUUGGCGUCGCCUCCCAGGUUUUGUCCGCUUUCGCGGUCGAGGUGGUGAAAGGGUUCCAGGAACCAUUUAAUCCAUACCUGCACGAAGCUGCCCGCCUGCACCCAGGCCAAAUCGAAGCUGCAGCCAAUAUUCGUCGUGUUCUCCUGUCUUCCAAGCUCGCACGACCUCAUCAUGUCGAGUCUGACCCCGAGGCAGCGCCACGACAGGACAGAUAUUGUUUACGUUCCUCUCCACAGUGGCUCGGACCCCAGCUUGAGGACCUGCUCGUCGCACAGAAGAUAUUGGAUGUAGAGCUGAAUUCGACAACAGACAACCCCAUUGUCGAUGUGCAGAAAGAGUAUUUGCAUCAUGGUGCGAACUUUAUGGCUAUGGCCUUGUCGUUUGCUCAGCUCACUGAAUUGCUGAACCACUCCACGAACUCUGGAUUGCCUCCUAAUCUCGCAGUUGGAGAGCCUAGCGUCGACUAUAGUCUAAAGGGCGCGGAUGUUGCUGCCGCCGCCUACCUCUCCGUACUGUCUGUUAACUCGCUUGCUCUGAUAAGCGGGCGUUAUACCCUCGAGGCAGUCAAGCUUUGUUUCAUGCAAGCUCUUUCCAUACUUCGCACCGAGACUGCCGUGCACCUCCCUGGUGUCCGGUUUGACGACGACUUCUUCACACGCCUCAACAAUCGUCUGAUUGUGCUCUUGAACGGGUCUACUGAUCAGGAUUCCGCGACUCAUUUCGAACGUGUAAUGAAUGACCUUGCGUCUACUCUCAUAUCCCUCCUCAAUAAUGAGGUCACCACAAUGGGUGUACCUCUCAAAGCCGUCAACCAGUGGCGCGUAUCACUCACCGCACAUGCCCGUCAGAUUUUUGUGGCAACCAGGGCGGCUUAUGCAGAGUCCCCUGAUGCCGGAGCAAAGUUGCUCGGCAGAACAGGCAUGCUUUAUACGCAUGUUCGGGGGGUGUUAGGGGUGAAGCUGCGUUGGGGGGACCCGGCCAUGGACAAGACAACGAUCGGGUCGGAAAUCGCGAAAAUUUUCCGAUCGUGGAAGUCGCCUGAGAUGGCGGAGCUGAUGAUCAGGAUUUUGGUGGGUUCAGAUGGGGAUUCGGGUGGUAUUACUCGCUCGAAACUUUGA